UAUUUUCAGAAGGCAUAAUUUUUUUUUAAUUUCAAGGCGACAUAUGUUUGCUUCAUGAAUUUUGUAAUGUUCGUAAAAGUGAAAAUCGAGAACCCAUAGAAAUUUUUUCUAUUGAAAAUUGGAAUUUUCAAGUUUAAAAAAACUAUUUAAAUAUAAUUAAAAUUUAUAAUAAUGAUAAUACAGGAACCAGUACAGGCAGCCAUUUGGCAUUGUUUAAACCAUUAUAAUUAUAAAGAUGCAACUUUUCUUGCCGAAAGACUUUGUGCUGAGAUCGAAACGGAUGAAACAAUCUUUAUAUUAGCCACAUGUUAUUUUCGUUCAAAUAAUAUUCAUCAAGCAUACUGGUUAUUAAAAACAAAAUCAUCUUAUUCCCCACAAUGUAGAUAUUUACUAGCAAAAUGUGCCUAUCAGUUAAAAAAAUUAGUUGAAGCUGAAGCUGCGAUUUCUUCUAUUAAUUUCAAUGAAAUAAAAAAUUUUGAAGAAAUUGGAAAAGAAUUUGGGGAAAUAGCAUGUUUUGUUUUACAACUGAUCGCCAAUAUAUGUUUACAAACAGAGAGAAAAAGAAUUGCUAUUGAAGCAAAUAAAAUGGCUUUAAAAUUAAAUCCCUUCUUAUGGCAUUCAUUUGCAGAUUUAUGUAAUAUGGGUGAAAAGGUUGAUCCAAAUUCGAUAUUUCAAUUUUCCAGCGCGGAUAUAUUUAACACAUGCCAAGGAAACACCAAUACAAACCCAAUGAUCUUGUUUGGUAAUAACGGAGCAAAUUCAGUUAUUAUGUUAGACGCUUGUCUAAUAACAUCUGCUGUUGGUGUAAAUAAUAAUAUGCCUUUAAAUAAUACAUCGACAACAAUUAACAGCUCCGGUGAUAUAAUCAAUAAUACAAGUAGUAAUAAUUAUAUUUUGUCUACUCCUGGAGACAAUAAUUUACAGACACCGAUUAAUCCACCAACAAAUAUACGAAAUAUAGGUGGAGGACUUUGUAACAUUAAUAAUAUCAGUAUCGGUCCAAUGCACUCUAUAGAUGAUACGUUAUUUUCCUCGUCACCAGUAGAAACAGUUAAUGCUGAUAAUUGCACACCAAUAAUACGCAAACAGUUUAAAUAUUUAUCAAUGCGUACACCAGGAAGUCCAAGUUUUGGAAUAUUGCCAAUUAGUCCAGUUGACACUCCUAUUAGUGGUAGUAAUUAUUUUGGUGGUAGCAAUGUAGGUAGUAAUCUGACUACACCAAUUAAUAACAGUAACAAUAAUAUAAGUAAUAUUAACAAUAUAAACAACAAUAUUCAAUCUCCUCAAACAUUGGUAGAAAUGAAUCAAGAACAAAAACCCGUAGGUAAAAAAUUAAAAGGACAUGUAGGUGGUAUAUUAGUACGCAAGGAUUCGCCUAUUCCAAAUACUAAGCCAACUGUUUUUACUCAAACUGGAAAUAUAACAUCACGUACGCCCAAUAAUAACUCAAGUCAAAACGUGAGAAGAUCAUCUCGAUUAUUUAGUAAUAAUAAUUAUUCUGUUAAGGAAAAUAGUAGUAAAUCGCCAAAUAUUAAUAGUAAAUUUGUUCAGCCGCGUUCACCGCCACGGAAAACUAAAUCACGUUUAACAAAAAUUACAGAACUUAUUAACGAAAAAGAUUCAACUGUUACAAACAUGAAAAAAGAUAAAAAUCAAACAACACAAGUAAACGAAAAAAUUGAAACUAUAACUUCAGCUACCGACGUAGAUUCAAAAGUUUUGUUAAAUAAUACAUUAAACUCAGCUCAAACAAUGGCACAGCAUGUUGUUAAUUUAAAAAAGCAAAGUGUAGAAGGAUUGAUGGCAUUACUUCGGGAUAUAGGACAAAGUUAUUUACAAUUAUCUCAGUAUAAUUGUACGGAAGCUGUUACUAAUUUCAAUGAAAUUCCAAAACGACAUCAUCAAUCUAGCUGGGUACAAAGUCAAAUAGCAUUAGCAUACUACGAACAACGUAAAUAUGAAAAUGCUGUUGAAGUUUUUAAGAGUAUACAUGAAAAAGAACCAUACCGUUUACAAUAUAUGGAAAUAUAUAGUACCGUUUUAUGGCACCUUCAAAAAGAUGUAGCACUUAGCGCUUUGGCGCAAGAUCUAAUGGCAGUUGAUAAGAAUUCUCCUGUAACGUGGUGUGUUUCUGGAAAUUGUUUUUCAUUACACAAGGAACAUGAAACCGCAAUAAAGUUCUUUAAACGUGCAGUACAAGUUGAUCCUAAUUUUGUUUAUAGUUAUACCUUGCUUGGACAUGAAUUAAUUAUUACUGAAGAAUUAGAAAAAGCUAUGAAUUACUUUAGAACAGCAAUUACAAAAGAUUCCCGACAUUACAAUGCUUGGUUUGGUAUUGGAACCAUUUAUUCAAAACAAGAACGUUAUGAAUUAGCAGAAUUACAUUAUAGACACGCUUUAAAAAUUAAUCCAAAAAAUUCUAUUAUUAUUGUUCACAUAGGUGCAAUGCAAUUUUUCAUGCACAAAACUGAACAAGCUUUAGCAACUCUGAACACAGCGGCUACUGUUGACCCUAAAAAUCCUCUGUGCAAGUUUCAUCGUGGUUCAAUAUAUUAUCAACUAGGUAAACAUCAAGAAGCUCUUAAGGAAUUAGAAGAAUUAAAGCAAAUCGUGCCAAAAGAGUCAGUUGUAUUCUAUUUAAUUGGCAAAAUUCAUAAAACUCUUGGAAAUGUUGAUAAAGCAUUGAUGCAUUUUAGCUGGGCUACGGAUUUGGAUCCAAAAGGAGCAAACAAUCAGCUUAAAGAUGCGUUUGAUUCUAUAAAUCAUAAUCCACGUAGUAAUAAUGAAACUAAUAUCGGCAGUAGUAAUAACAGCAAUCCUGUUACAACCAAUAAUGCCGAUAUUACGAACGAAGCAAACUUUGGUGCUAGCAUUAGUAUAGCAACUGGAUUAAUGCAUAUUGAAGAAGAAUUAGAAAUUGAACCGGUUUCAGAACGCAGUGAUGAUUCAACGCAAGCACAACAUGAGCUUGACGCGUCAUACGAUAAUGAUAGUGACAAUUAUUAAGUUAAUAUUUUCAGAAAUAAACUAUUUCAUAUUGAACUAUAUGAUAACAUAAAAAUGCAAAAUUAAGAAAUUUUAUUGGAAAACAAAAAUAUAUAUUUAAAAUUGAAAUUAUAGUUAAAAUUAGUGUUUCGUAUCAAAUACAUGAAAAAAGUAAAUAGAAUGCUUUUUAUUUGAUAUAGGGAAGAUUAAAUAACAAAAUGAAUGCAAAUGUGUUCCACGUAGUUGAAAUAUUUAAAUUAUUAUUGAUCUGAAAAGUUUUUAAAGCAAAAAAGUGUUAUUCGAUGGAUUAAAUGGAUUCAUGCAUUCUUGGCUGAUUCAAUAACAAUGUAAUAUCGGGAUUUUUGCUAAUAUAUUUUAUAAUUGUAGAUAGGUUAAAAAUGAAAUAAAUUUACUCAUGGUAUGUCGACUAUUCUAA